GUCAAGCGGCCAACAACGUCUAUCGGGAUUCCAAGAUUUCUCAAUAGAGGAUCAACGAUUAAUUUCGAAAUUUUAAUCUGUGAUCUAUAUCCACCUCCUUUGUCAAAUAUCCAGGCUCAAGAUAUAAACAUGGUUUUCCUUUUGAUCAUCGGUCUAAUCCUGGGCAUUCUAAUGAUCCUAGUGAGCGUGAUAGUCAAGCUUUUGGGCCUGAAACCGCCAUUGAUCUUUGACAAAUACCCUCUAAAAGGUAUCUUCUAUCGGGUCAAGUUUUGGCUCGCUUUAUUGGUCCUCCGACGCCUAAGAUACCGCAUCUAUCGAAGAAACGAGGAGUUACUCGGAUCCGAGGAACAUCUGGCAAAGAUUGACAGACCCCAAGAGCUGAGCAAUGAUCCGAAGAGCUACGAUGUGGUCAGCUUUAUGGCUGCCAACAAAGAGGGCCAAAAACUGAUGGUGAGUUUGGAGAGAAGAAGGCGUGGAGUCCUUAAGGCAGCUUUAUACCUGUGGCUCCCGGGAAAAGGGCUCUUCAGCUCCCCGAAUCUGCCCGAUAUGAUAUAUUUCACAACCGAAGAUGGAGAGGAGAGCAGCGAGUUCCAGGGAGGAGGUUUCCACCUCUACCAGGAGGAAUCCAUGAAAAUGUGGAGGAUCAAGUACAAUGGUAUGUUGAAGUGCCAGAGAGAUGUGGUAGAGGAAGUGCUGGUGGACUUGGACCUUCGUUUCAAGAGCUCCUCCGCCGAGCACUUUGAUUACAACAGGGAUCUGAGCUCCUCCUUGAUAGCCGACUCCAUAGCCAGGGAGGCGUGGAAUGAGAAGUUCUACAGCCUGUUGCGGAGUGUCAAUCACAUCGUGGAAAAGCGAACGCACUACGAACAGAAUGGAGAACUGACUGGGAAAAUCACAUUCCAGGGUGAUGAUCUAUCCCUGAAAAUGCAAGGCUUCCGAGACCAUAGUUUCGGUACCGAACGCUGUCUGAGCUCCAUUAACCGCUACGUGUACUUCGCCUUGUUCAUGGACGACGGCAGCAGCAUGGUGGUGGGAAACCUCAGUCAGCCCUCCUUUUUCCUAUCCUCCCUGAAGGUGGGCUACGUCUGCAGUCCAUCCGGAAAGUAUGAACCUUUGACUGGGAGCAACUUCGAGCUGUACUCGUACGGCGAAAAGGGAACUCCGCCGCAGCAUCAGAACUUCAUUGUGAGCACCAAGGAGAAGGAGUAUCUCAUCCAGAUCCAAGUGGAGGCAUCCGCUGUGCGGUAUGUGGGCGGAGACUGGGAGUCAAAGGUGUUCAAUCAAUUCGUGGCCUGUACGGUGAACGGAGUUUCCGGCCAGGGACACGCCGAGUUCCUUUACCGCCACAAAGAAGGCAGACCGGAGGACAUAUCUUCUAGAGAUCCCAGCUGGUACCGCAACAUCAAGCGCUUCGAAAGAAGUCUGACUUUGCUGGAGGAGGAGGACGGAGAUUUUAUCUUCUAGGCGUAAUUUUGUUUUUUUUUAGUUGUUAAGUUUAAGUAACAGGCCAGAAACUAUAACAAUUAGUUAAUCAACUUGAAAUAUAAUCGAUCGAUGUGAAUUCA